AUGCGCCCUUUCUUCCACCAUUCCCAUUCUCGCAUUCUUCGCAAUCCUUUUUCUCUCUCUACAAUGUCUUCUUCUCUCACUCUUCCCUUCCCCACUCUCUCUCCUCCAACCCUCUCUCUUCAAAGCCAUCAUUUCCCUCGAUCUAGGGUUACCGCGAGCAUCUCCACCGGAUCCCAGGCUUCUAUCCACGACGCUUCCUUGGCUGAUUAUAAAGUCUCCAACGCCUUUCUCUUCCCCGGCCAGGGUGCUCAAGCUAUUGGAAUGGGAAAAGAAGCUCAGAAUGUUCCUGCUGCUGCAGUUUUGUACAAGAAGGCUAAUGAGAUAUUAGGGUUUGAUCUUCUUGAUGUAUGUAUUAACGGGCCGAAGGAAAAGCUGAAUUCAACUGUUAUAAGUCAGCCUGCCCUUUACGUCACAAGUCUUGCUGCUGUUGAGCUACUUCGUGCGCGUGAGGGAGGGGAGCAGAUUAUUGAUUCUGUUGAUGUUACAUGUGGUUUGAGCCUGGGAGAAUAUACUGCUCUGGCAUUUGCUGGGGCUUUCAGCUUUGAAGAUGGAUUGAAAUUGGUGAAACUGAGGGGUGAAGCCAUGCAGGAUGCUUCUGAUGCUGCUAGAAGUGCCAUGGUUAGUGUUGUAGGAUUAGACUCAGAGAAGGUCCAGCAGUUGUGUGAUGCAGCCAAUCAAGAAGUGCCUGAAGCUGAGAAGGUUCAAAUUGCAAAUUUCUUGUGUCCAGGAAACUAUGCUGUCUCUGGAGGCAUAAAAGGAAUAGAGGCGGUGGAAGCCAAAGCAAAAUCUUUCAAGGCUCGAAUGACUGUGCGCCUAGCUGUUGCAGGUGCUUUCCAUACUAGUUUUAUGGAACCUGCUGUUUUAAGAUUGGAAGCAGCAUUGGCAUCAACGGACAUUAUAACCCCAAGAAUACCGGUCAUUUCCAAUGUAAAUGCUCAGCCACACGCAGAUCCUGACACAAUAAAGAAGAUAUUGGCACGACAAGUUACUUCCCCUGUUCAAUGGGAAACAACAGUGAAGACUCUUCUAUCCAAGGGGCUGAAGAAAGGCUAUGAACUUGGACCCGGAAAGGUUAUUGCCGGAAUUGUCAAAAGAAUGGACAAAGGUACUGAAAUUGAAAACAUAGGUGCUUAA